CUUGCGCUUAGUCCGUGUCAAAAAAAGUUAUUGCAGAAAGUGAGAGACGACAACAGCUGUUGGGAGUGUUUGUUGACAUAAAUAAUUGCUAAAUCAGAAAAUCUCAAGAAAUGGAGUAGAAGAAGUAACCAUGAUUGAGGUUUCUGCCAUUUUACCCCGGGGGUCGGUCUAUCUAGCCGGAGAGGUUGUAAAAUGUGUCAUCACCUUUACUAAUGUUGGAGCUCAUGAUCAAGUGCAAAAUGGCAGUGAAUGUUUGGCAUGGGCUAGUGUCCAGAUCCAUUGUCAGUGCUCGGUCAGCGAGACGAGAGUCCACCUGAUGCGGUCCGAGAGAAUGUCUACAGAGGAGGUGUCCACUACUGGCUGUGAUACUUCCUUUGUACCUAGCAAAGGUGAGAGGGGACUGACUGUGUUAUCAUCCAAACCUCGGAUCUUGUUCUGUGAUCUCAGAUUGGCACCAGGAGAAUCAAAAUCCUACACCUUUGAGGACACCAUUCCUUCUGAUGCCCCUCCCUCCUAUAGAGGUCAAGCUAUUAAAUACUCAUAUAAAUUGACCAUUGGUACACAAAAGUUUGACCACCCAACCAAGCUGCUGAGAAUUCCUUUCCGGGUUCUUGUGCUUCAUGGGCUGAAUGACAUCAGUGUGUACACAGAGGGUGAAGAAGUUACCCCGUCCAACCCUUUCCUGAAGCCACAGCAGACAGAGAACUCACUCCUAGAUAUUGCCAUGCAGGUUCUUGCUACCAUAACAGCGAGGAAGGCUCCACAUUCAUAUAAUAUUACCAAUGCAAAGGGAAAAGUUGCCAAGUUCAUUCUGUUCAAGCAAGCAUACAAAUUGGGUGAAGAUAUCGUUGGAGCAUUUGAUUUUACGGAUGGGACAGUAACAUGUGUUCAGUUUUCAGUGACACUUCAGAAUGAAGAGCAGAUAUCAGAAGAAUGUCGACGGAAGCCUGGUCAGGGAACGGCUGUCACAUCAUUUGUGAAGCAUCAAGAAAUGUGUAUACAUACACAGAAGACCCACAUCAACAUCCCAGUGCCUCUAACAGCCACGCCAGCCUUCAUCACAGACAUAGUGUGUUUGAGGUGGCGUUUACAUUUCGAGUUUGUCACAUCCUGUGAGCCAAUUCCGGAAUCAGAGCGACCUACAAAUCCUGAUGAGAGUGCUUCCUGGAGAGGUCCGCCCACACUUAAUGUGGAAACGAUGAUCUGGGACUUGCCAAUCAAAAUAUUUCCGACCAAUCCACUUCAUGCUUCAAGUGUAACAUGUACAAAAUCACUAUCAAAUGUACAAAUAUAGUUGUGAAUAUUUGAAACAGAAUCAUAAACCAAAUAUUAUUUUUAUAUUAAAAUAUGAAUUAUCUUCACAGGAUUUCAUUGAAAUGGUUUCAAAAGUUAUAUGCUUGUAUUUGAUGAAAACUAGAAUUAGGAAAUUACUGAAAGAUUAAUCUUUAACCCUUUUCUUGCAUUAUUUUAUCAGUUAGAAAUAACAGGAGAUAUUUUAGUUUCCUUUUGAAAAUGGGGAUGCAAAAGCUUCGUCAGUGUAGCAUGUGACCUCAGGUGAAGGUCAGGGGUGAUUGUUCAAACUCCAACAAGGGGUUGUUUAACAUGUUUCCCAUGGAAGCUGAAAUCCCAGAUCAGCCUGUGCUGUGGUGAUGUGCUUUGGAUGUGUUCUUGGGCAAGAGACUUCACUCUCAUCACCCUGAAUAGCAUGUAAAGGCCUCCUAUAUGUUUGAUGAGGUAGCCCCCAGCUGCUACUAACAAGGAAACUCCACAUGAUGACUAGCUGUUCCAGGGGCGAAUAUACCCAGAAAACAAACCUUUGGAGAUAUAGAGAUAACAUAUUUGUCCAAUGAUAAUUUUUUUUGACUGAACAUUAUAGUAGGUGAUGUAAAAAGAUUUAAUUUGAAAAUAGCUAAGCUAUUGUUCCUGCAGCUAGCAUGUACAAGAAAUUUACAAAUCUUGACCCACAAGGAAAGACCUACUGUAUUUAUCCUCCAAUAAGUCCCCUCCAACUGUGUAAAAGUUUAGAAUAUAUUUAUCUUCAAAUAAGCCUUUUUAGCUAGUAAAGGUUUAGUAUUUAAGUUUAGGGAGGGCUUAUUCAUGUAUCACUUUUAGCUUACUAUAGUAUUUUUUAAAAAUGAUGAUGAAAGGGGUAAUUUGCAGGCAGGGGCUUAUUUUCAGAUAUAUAAGUGUCACAUGUUAAUUAUGAAAGUAAAUACAAAAUGUAAUUAAGAACAGCUUUUGUAAAGGUCAGUAUACACUAUAUGUGAAUCAUGGAGCCAAUUAGUCAAAAUAAGUAAGGAUUUGUGCAAUAUUUAAUUUCCUGUUUGUGAAUUCUUUGGUUGAAGUGAAUCUUUUUAAAGUUAUCAGGGUAUAUUUUUAAAAAAAAAUGGGAUGAAUUUGUAAAUAGGUCUUUAUUCUGCUAUCAUUAUUUUCAGCUGACAUGGUAUGAGGCUGGUAGUACAUAUAUAACAAGUUGUUUUAUUUUAUUGGUUCUUGCAUUUAAUUUAGUAAAAUAAAGCGUGAAAAUGUAAAAGAUUGCAUAAGCAAAACUAAUCAGUUGACAUUUGUGUGAGUAUUGAUGUAAAAUCAAAUUUUUGUAAAAAGGUAGUGAUUGGAAUUGGUUCUUUCUAAUCAAGUAUAGAAUAUACAAAUAUAAUCUGAAGGUUUCUUAUGUUAAACAGCCUUUUAUCUGAUAUGGUUUACUAGCUUUAGUCGGCCUAUAUCAGAUUUACAAAGGGCCAUUAAAACAUAAAAAAACCUUCAGAUUAAGAAUACACAUUACCGAUUCAUUAUAAACUGUAAUCAGUUUUAUAAGUUUACUGGAUAAUUAUGUAAGUUGUGAGUUUCUCUUUUUGAAACAAUAAUAACUUUGAAAUAAAUGUACAUUUAUAAACAUCAGGUAUUUGGAAGCUUGAAUCUGUGUAUGUAUUUUUUAUUAUUUAAUACUGAAUACAAAUACCUGUACAUCUUAACUAGAAAACAGCCAUUCUAGUCCAGAAAUUACCUCAAAAAAAGUUUAUUUUUGUUUUUCAAGACAGGAAAAGGCCUUAUAUCUUAUAAUUUUGACUUAAAUUGGUUUAAUUUCUAUUUUCCAGUGAUAAAUUUAUCAUUUAUUUUUUAUCAUUGGUCUAUCGCUAUAAAAUAGUACACAUACAUGAUGUAUAUCUGAUACCGGGUAGUAAGGAAGUGAAAUUAUCGAAUUACCAGGAAUCAAAAUAUUUUUAUUUCCAAUGGUGGUCCGAUUCCAGUUUUGCAAAAAAUAAGGCUUCUCAUCGGAAAGUAUAUUGCUAAUGUUUAGGAAGUUAUGCAGAAUAUUUUUGUCAAGUUUAAAAAAAAAAAGACUUUCCGAUUGGAAAUCACAUGGGAUAUCUCGUCGAAUAGCAAAUUGACGUACCUGUAAAUUUCUUCAUUUACACUUCUGUUUACACUUUAGUGUUCCAGUGCACGUGAACUGUUCAGUAUUCUUUAAAACAUCUAUUUCUUUAGGAAGAAUUGAAGUUAAAGAAGCCUUGUACAUUUUUUGUUUUUAAGUCACUGGAACUUAAGUUUUGGGAUAUAAUGUUGGCUUGAUGUUUUGACUUAGAAGUCUGAGUUUGAAAAAGUACGAUUUAGUCUAUCAUAUACAAUAUAUAGAUUAAUGUGAUCACACUUUUUUGUAAGUCAAGGUAUAAGACUUUCACAUGUAAAUAUAUCCUAGCAACAGCAUUCAAAGGACCUAGUGCCUGUAGGGGAAAAUAACCUUGACAACCCUUUUCUCUUAUCUUCUGAUUGCUUCAAGUGAACAAAUUGUUUCAUAUACAAACAAAUAAAAUAAACACAAUA